AUGUAUCGAUCAUUUGCUGCUUGCGUCCUCGCGGGUGCCGCUCUGGUGUGUCCCGCGGUCUCCGCCACUGCCACCGUGCAACCAUGGGGCCAAUGCGGUGGGAUCAACUGGACCGGGGGCACUACCUGCACAUCAGGCUGGACCUGCCAGGCCCAGAACCCGUACUACUCCCAAUGUUUGCAAGGACCACAGCAGCCAGCGACAUCCGCUCCGCCAGUCGCUACUGCUAGCAAGCCAGCUUCCAGCCCUGCGGCUCCUCCAGCCAAUACAGUAACAAGUGCCAAGCCAAGCCAGCCAACCAGCCCGUCGUCCGGUGGUGGCUUGACGUACAAGGCAUCCUUCACUCACUAUGGUGCGGGAGAUACCUUCGGCUCGCCCAACUGCAACACCAACACGGCCGCCUGCUCCUUCUACACUAAACCCGGCUUCAGCGCUGCCGUCAGUCAGAACCUGUAUGGUGCUGGUCCUGGCCAAGGUCAAGGUCCUGCUUGCGGCACAUGCUGGAAGCUCGUUGGUCAGACCGAUUCAUCUGGCAACAAGCUGAGCAACGCCGGCACCUCCGUCGUUGUUAUGAUCAACAACCUUUGCCCGGCAAAUGGCAACCCGCUGUGCUCGCAAAACGGUCUCUCAGGCACCAACCAAUACGGUGCUAACAUCAACUUCGACCUCUGCAGCGACAGUGGUGCCUCGGCUGCGUUCUUUGGCAACAGCGGUGUCGGUCUCGCUGUGGGAACUGCUACGCAAGUAGACUGCUCUCAGUGGAAUGGAGUCGUCGUCCACUAG